GGUGGAGUGUUUGGCAGGACGAGUGAACAUUGUCUCAUCUUGAAAGAUAGAGAAUACAGCAGUCUCUAGUAGACUACAGACACAGAGUAGUCUAGAGGAGAAGGCCUGACAGAGACAGAACCGACCACUAGUGAGAUAGCAGCUGCUUGUUGGUCACCCUUUGCCUUUGGCCCGAGUUUGGGUAACAUCUGAUUCGGCAAAAAUCUUAUUUUCCAAACCACGGACCUCAGGUGGUUGUCGGCGACGGUAGGGACUAGUGCAAGAGCCAGUGUGUCGUGUCAGGUAGUUUUGGAUCAGGCCAACAAAUCGAACAUGUUCUAGUCGAUUGACUCAUGGGCAGCCUCGUUGAGAGCUAGAACUAGAGCCACUUCAGGAUGCAAAGUAUUGGUGGUGAAGUGGAAGCGCCCGUGGUGACAGCUGUACGGCAAGUACUAGAAUUCAGAAUGCAGCGUGUGACUACAAAUCGUGCAAAUGGUCAACGGCGAUGGCGCUUGGUUACGUCCACAAUUAUUCUGAAUCAGCUUCUCUUGUUCGUGUUAUAUGUGAAGCCAUGUACGGCCACGAAUGAGGAGAAAAUAUCUGGGAACAAGUGGUUUGAUUGUGGAGACCGCGGUGAUCAGGUAUACGUCACCAACACCAGAAUGACAUGGGUUCCGGCCGAGCAGUUCUGUCAGCGUCAAGGCAGGCACCUGGUCAGCUUCCCCCAACUCACGACAUGCAAGUCAAGUUUACUGCCGUUGCUUGUUCUUGACGAAGUCCACACCAGCUACACUAGAUUGCUGGAUGGACUUCACUACCGUGAUGUUGGAAACAACUUGCAGUUAUCAGACGGCCUCGUUAACAUCAAACGCACUGUUGAUAAUUGCUCGGUUGCGUUUCUUGGAGGAGCAAUGCAGCCACUAGAGCUGGAGGAAACCCGUUGUGAUCUAAGAUAUUCAGUCGUCUGCGGACGGAAUGCUGAUACACAAGCAGCUUCUAUAGUGUGUGACUCACGCACGUAUACAUACCAUAGCAUCUCAUUCUCAGCAGAUCAUGCAAACCAGACGUGCUAUCAACAAUAUGGUGGUCGUCCAUUGUCUACAGACGGGCAGGAACUCAGCUGUGCCUCACAACUGCUGAACACAUCGCAAGUCUUGAGUAACAACAAUGUCAGCUACAUACCGGUAUACACCAACAUCACUGAUGGGUCUCAUUGCACUAUCUACCAACCAUCAACCAACACAACACAUCACGACUCCUGCACCGUACCACGUCCAACAAUCUGCGUGUCCUGGUACUGCAACCAUAGCGACAACUUGGUGGUUGUGCCUAAUGAAGACCGGUGCGUGUGUAAACGCGGGUAUCUGAGGACGUCCGCACACACAUGUGAAUCCAUUGUCGAGCUACUAAGUUCUACUGGACAAGCAGCAGUGAGUUCAAACAUCACUGUGUUUAGCUGGUUAGAAUCAGAGUGGAAAGUAGACAGUGUGUACACACAGAAUACACUUUACCAGCUGGAUAAUCUCUCCUUAUCUGAAGGGAGAUUUGCCAUCAGAUCUGCUGGCCGGAUCAUCUACACAUUUUCCGAAUCCCUUCAGCAAGCUGACACUGCUGCUGCAGACCUGGCCAAGAAUCACUCACAAUUCAUCACCGUGAACGGCAGCGCAAAUGAUAUCCUUGUGCCCACAGCCCCUCUGCGCAACCUCCUGGUCAACUUAAGCCUCUGGUUUAGGCCGCACCAAAUCGAGUGUACUCAUUUUACUAAUGCAAACCAGUCAAACAUCUGUAGUUACAGUCUGUUCAAUGAGUCAGUCCAGUUCAAGGAUGGCCUGUACGAGUUUGCCCUGUCUCCACACAACUCUCCACUACUAAGUAUACCUGUUCUGUACAGAGUUCACCCAAGACCCACUACCACUGCACCUCCGCCUUCUUCUUCAUCGUCAGACGGUAUGUCGUCACUGAGCAGUGAAGGAUCACUACCAUGGAUGAUCAGUUCCUCGUCGAGCGAAACUGAUGUUGCCCCACCAGCGAAAGCCAGCAUGGCCGGCCUGUACAUUGGCAUUGGCGGUGCAGUGGUAUUGGCCGCACUCGUGCUCAUAGUCUACCUGGUGGUGGUGGUACGUCAUAAGAUGUAUAGAGUUAGUCUCCAGCAUCAGAGAUCAGGAUGUCAGGAAGCUGCAGGCGAGAGGUCUGCAAACAACAGGCAUGGAGCCGGCGCAGAGAUGCGCUACCAGUCUGUCAAGCAUGCUUCUAGUUCAUCUGUUAUAGCCACCAACUCCACUCAGGAGUCUGCUGCAGCCGCUAGCAGUGCUGAGUCAUGUGCACCGCAUCCAUCCCAGGAUCACAACUACGACGAUAUAGAGCUCCCAGCAUUCCGUACCAGCACUAUGCCAUCAUCUACCGGUACCACAGCAACUACGCCCGGCUCUGGAAAUAGGGAGCUGUCUCUUCGUCGCCCCAACAGGUUCCCAGAUGCCGCUGUUGAAUGCACCACAGCCGACAAUAAUUAUAUGACUCCACAUGAUCUCUGUCUUGCCCGCGAUGCUGGAGAGAAUGACACAAUGGCCGCUGCUGCAACCACCAACGUCGCUGCCACACCUAACUCAACCACCGUCACCACCGCUAGCACAUCCACGACCACUCCGAUCACUGACGCAAGUAUGUCAUCGGCUGCAACAAGUGCAAGCACUCCUGUGUUCCAGUCGGAGGAAGAAGCUCGAGCGGCAUCGCUACCGACAGCCGUCGCAGGGCCGGUGUAUGCGGAAGUCUUUCUGGCCAAAAAGGUUGUAGUUCAGAGUAAUUCGUUGCUAGGAGAGAGCAAGUGAAUACAAUUGUUUUCACAUCUCCACUUCGAAUCCAUUCGCCAUGACCGUCACUGCGUUACGCACUGCUACAUGUUUCUCUCCUUGCAAUUUUGAAAUUAUCAUGAAUGCGUUUUCCCCUUUGCAUGUCAUUCUUGUCUUCAAUUUCCCCGCGCAUGUCAUUCUUGUCUUCAUUUUCCCCUCGAGUGUCAUUCUCGUCGUCCCUUUCUCUGACUGUUCUCCCAUUUUCAGCAUCGUGUGCAUUCGUAUUCUGCUGCGUGCACCGCGUAUACUCGCCUUCUUUGUCCCACCUCUCCUUUUUUCCUUCACUUGAGCAAUCAUUUUGUGUGUCCUCAAGUGUGUCUGCUAUGAU